ACUGCCAUUUCGGGUCGCCCGCUCUUUGCAAUUUCCUCAUGCCGUCAGUUGUCGCUGGCCGGAGGGAAAAAAUCGCCUCGAAACACCACAAAAAAGCGAUGAAACUAAAAGUAGUUCGUGCUAGCGGCUAAAAGCGUCUUAUUCAACGCCGUAGUUAUAAGUUAAAUCCAAUCGUACCAUGCGGCUUGGGUGAACUUGUGGUACGGUGGUGGUAUGUACCUGUGCGACCUGGUGCUUAAUUGUGUACGGCAGCGGUGACUGAGAAUGAAAAAAAGCUCCCUCAGAGACAAGCGCAAACAGCAGCCGAAAACUCUUCGCCGUCGGAACGGAGUAGACAGUGGGUCUGAUGUGGACCAUGAAAAUGAGAGAAUGCAUGUGAAGCAAGAUUCCGAUACGGUGAAAUCCAGCUCGAUAGUGAAACUUGGUGACAAUUUAACCACCGCUGCUGCUGCUGCUACUACUACUCCUACGGGACUGUUGGAAAACGGUGCAUCGAUCAGUGGUAGUGGUGAUAGUGGUGAAGCGGCGGCGCCCGUAGAGAAGAACAAUUCGCCCGCACCCGACGAGCAGGACGCAGAGCGAGUGGACUCGCCGACGGACGAUACCGUAAAAACGAUCCGAUUGGUGUCGCUAGAUAAGUUGCUUCGACCCAGCCUGGUCGGAAAGGUGCCGGAGGAGGGCAAGGGGGAGCAGGAAAAGGAGCCGCACGUGUCCCGCCGUUCGUCGUCUAAUCGCGCCGGAAAGAAAAAUAUUAGCAUCAUCGAACUGAGCGACGAUUCGGAAGAGGAAAGUUUACAGCAGUACGUGAUUGAUAAAUCAGCCACAAAGAGCGAGAACGAUGCCGGCAAGGAAGGUGUAGUAGCAAGCCAGCCACCUCCAUCUUCCGCCAGCAAAGUGAGUGGAAAAAGCGCGAAAAAAGCAGCCAGCGGUGAGGAAAGGGCGAAGUCCAGCACACUUCUCCCACCGUUGACGAAAGAGCUGAGCAUUGUAGUUACGCCACUACCGGCGGAUUUGAGCACUAUCAAAGCUACCCACGGUUUGAAAGAGAUUCGCGACCAUCGUAACAACGUUAUCGAAACCUUUGUGCCGAACAGUAGUCGGCUUUCGAACCGCACCCGGAAAAACAAGGCCGCGAAACGGAAAAAGAUGGCCUCGCCCGAGGAAGAGCAGCAGAGCGAUGCGGUGGCGCUGGAACAGGCCGACACCGGCAGCAACAGCAAGCAGCACCGACAAGAGGACGAUAAUGGUGGUUCGGAAAACGAGAACCAAUCCGAUGUCGAGGAGGGUAGCAAGCGUAAUGAGAGCGAUUCUGAUGCACCGAUCACACGGGGCCGUAACAAGUCCAAAACCAGCAUUCCAAAAGAGAAAAAGAACACUCGCACUACCCGAAAGAGACGGGCAGUGAGCGAUAGUGACGAGGAACAGGAUACAGGGAAACCAUCAACGCCGGUCGCUAAUGGUAACACGGACAAGGACAGUGAGAGUGGUAGUGAUUUUGAGUUUGCUAAACGCAACACCGCCACCAGCCGUAGCCAACGGGCGGCCGAGCGAUCAAAGAGGGGAAGGGCGGGCGCUACUAAGGCAGCAGCACCAUCGGCGGAUGAGGCUAGUAACGACGAGGAGGCCGACAAGGAGAAGAACGAUUUUCAAACGCGCAAAAAGCGUACCAGAAUUCGACGAAAUUCAACUUCCUCCUCGGGUGAGGAUGGAAAACCGGUCUCGAAAAGGAAAAAGCGCAAACAAACUAAAAAGAAAAACUCCGACAGUGAGGGCGAUUCACCGAACAAGGGGCGCAAAAACAUUCGCAAGCUAUUGAAGAAAAGCGAUCUGGAGGAAACGACCAAGAACGCGGAGCAGGAGGAGCGGGAGCGUAAGCAGCGCAUUGCAGAGCGCCAAAAGCUCUACAACCAGGUGUACGACGAGAAGCCGGAAGAAGCGUGUACGCUGGACCAGCUCGUGCUCGACUUCGACGAGGAAACGAAGGAACCGCUGCUGGAGGUGGACAGGAAGCUGGUGAAGCAGCUGAAACCUCACCAAGCGAACGGUAUAAAGUUUAUGUUCGACGCCUGCUUCGAAAGCCUCGAGCAGAUGAACCAGAGCAAAGGUUCCGGCUGCAUACUGGCGCACUGUAUGGGGCUGGGCAAAACGCUGCAGGUGGUUACGCUGGCGCACACGCUGCUCGCCAGCGCGGAUCUAACUGGCGUCGAGCGCAUCCUCGUCGUGUGCCCCCUGUCGACGGUGCUGAACUGGGCGAACGAGUUCCACAUGUGGAUGAAGCACGUGAAAAAGGGCACCGAGGUGGAGGUGUAUGAAAUAUCGAAAUACAAAGACAACGUCACGCGUGCCAACAAGCUCAUGGAAUGGCACAACGAGGGCGGUGUGAUGAUAAUGGGCUACGAUAUGUUCCGCAACUUGGCUAAUCCGACCGCGACCCGCAUUCGCAAGAAGGUGCGCGAAUCGCUGCAAACUUCGCUGAUCGAUCCAGGACCGGAGCUGAUCGUGUGCGACGAGGGGCACUUGCUGAAAAAUGAGAAAACCUCCCUGUCCCAGGCCGUCAACCGGAUCUCAACGAUGCGGCGAAUCGUACUGACCGGUACACCGAUUCAGAACAAUAUGAAAGAAUAUUACUGUAUGGUUCAGUUUGUAAAGCCCAAGCUGCUCGGUACUUACACCGAGUACAUGAACCGGUUCGUGAACCCCAUCACGAAUGGACAGUACACCGACUCGACGCCGUACGACAUACAGCUGAUGCGCAAGCGGGCGCACGUGCUGCACAAAUUGCUUGAUGGUUGCGUCCAGCGCAGGGAUUAUGCAGUAUUAGCACCUUUCUUACCACCUAAGCUAGAGUUUGUGGUGUCGAUCAAACUAACUCCACUGCAGAGCACCCUGUACAAGUACUAUAUGGAAAAUAUGGCCGGCAAACGGAACGACGAUGAUCCGACGCUAAAGCGCUCCUCGAUGUUGUUCAACGAUUUCCAGAAUCUGCAACGCAUCUGGACCCAUCCGAGGGUGCUGCGGUACAACAGCGAUCGUUACGAAAUUAAACAGCAACGGAAGCGCGAUUUGGACAGUGAAAAUGAAUCGGAAGGCUCGAUGAAGGACUUCAUCGACGACGAGGAUACCGCGGAAUCAACGCCCGCAUCGUCCGAUUCCGAGUCCGACGUCCAGUCCGUGCACGAUGACAGCAGUCGCGAUGCCAAAAGCUCGGGCGAUUCUACGAGCAACAAAAGAAAAGCUACGGUCGGAACACGCAGCACCAGGAACAAUCCAAACUUCAAUGGCGGCGAUGAUGACGAUGUAGUAAUGCAAAAGCCGGAAAAUCCUACCGAAUGGUGGAUGCAGAUGUGUCCCGAAACCGAGCUGGACAACCUCGAGCACUCCGGGAAACUGGUCGUUUUGAUGGAAAUUUUGAAGGAAUGCGAAGCAAUUGGCGACAAGCUGCUAGUUUUUUCGCAAUCCUUGUAUUCGCUGGAUGUAAUAGAGCACUUUCUCUCGCUGCUGGAUGAAAACUUGCAAAAGGACGAAGAUGAGCGGGACGAACAGUUGAGCAAGUAUCCAGGAUCUUGGUCGUUGGGUUUGGACUACUUCCGGCUCGAUGGUUCAACGUCGAUCGAUAACCGGAACGACGCGUGUAAGGUUUUUAAUGACGAGAGCAACACCCGAGCAAGAUUGUUCCUGAUUUCUACGCGUGCCGGAGGUUUGGGAAUCAAUUUGGUAGCCGCCAAUCGGGUGGUCAUCUUUGACGUGUCCUGGAACCCAUCGCACGACAUCCAGAGCAUAUUCCGGGUGUACCGUUUUGGUCAGAGUAAGCCAUGCUAUAUUUAUCGUUUCAUUGCAAUGGGCACGAUGGAGGAGAAAAUCUACGAGCGGCAGGUCACGAAGCAAGCUAUCUCAAAGCGUGUCAUAGACGAGCAGCAGAUUGACCGGCACUACAAGGAGAACGAUCUGCAGGAGCUGUACCGGUACGAGGUGGAAACGAGCGAACCGCGGCCAACGCCGAACGUCCCGAAGGAUCGGCUGUUUGCCGAGCUGCUCAAACGGUUCGAUCCGCUGAUCUACAAGUACCACGAGCACGACUCGCUGCUCGAGAACAAGGAGGAGGAAACGCUGAACGAGGAAGAGCGCAAGGCAGCCUGGGAGGAGUUCGAGCAGGAGAAGAACCGACCACCGAUGCCGGCGUACGGUACCAGCGGCAUGUUGGGUAUUGGCGGAAUGGGCGGAAGAGGAGUUAAUGGACCGGUUACGUCCAGCACAACGUUCGGCUUCCGGAACGAUGUGCUGCUGAAGCUGCUCCACCUGAAGGCCCGGGAGGAUAAUCCAACGUUCAACGAUGCCACCAUUAAUGCUAUGAUACCAUAUUUAAUGCAGCAGCUAUCGCAACAAAUGAGGGACGGUGAAUUAACGAUGUACAAAAGCUUAUGGGAACUUUACUACAAGCUGGAAGUUCCACCACAGCAAAUGAACCAACAGUACACGAUGGCGUACAGCAACACGAUGCAGCCGGGCGGAGGCGGUAUGGUGAUGGGACAGAUGGUACCGCAGCAACCGCUCAUGGCCCAACAGCAACCAAUGGCGGGAAGUGUUGUAACCGGCGGUCCCGUUGUUAAUAUGCAAUAUCAGAUGAAUCCAUUCCCAACUGCAACGAUGCCACAGCCGGGAAUCAGUGGAAUGCAAACCACCGGUACUGCUGCCGGGAACGAUGACGAUGUCGUCGAGGUAACACCGGCAAAUAGAGGCCCCAUCGUGAUCGAUCCGGAGGUGGUUGAGCUCGAUUAAAAAAGAACGCACGGACGACCCAUCUCCUUGCUGUUUGAUCUUCUGCUGCCCGGAACUUCGAAUAUUUUGCUGUGUAGGACCUGGAUGGCACGAUAUUAUUGUACUAGGUUCGCAUAACGUAACCUUCAAACGGGCGUAUACUCUGAUGAAAUUAGAUUUUAUUCACAACACAUCUUAGCUGUUUAAAUAAAGACAUUUUCUAACCACA